AGCCCGGCCGGCGGGAGGCACGUCACUUCCUGUUCCUUUAGGGGAACGUGGCUUUCCCCGCAGUGCCUGUCUUCCCUUCUGCGAUUCCGCUGCAGCGGCCGAACUGGAGUCGCCCCCGGAGCGCAGACUCGCUAUGGACUCGGCCCUCAGCGACCCGCAGAACGGCAGCGCCCAGGCGGGCAGCCCGGCCAACGGCACGGCGCGGCCGCCCUCCACGCCCGAGGGAAUCGCGCUGGCCUACGGCAGCCUCCUGCUCAUGGCGCUGCUGCCCAUCUUCUUCGGCGCCCUGCGCUCCGUGCGCUGCGCCCGCGGCAAGAAUGCCUCGGACAUGCCCGAGACGAUCACCAGCCGGGACGCCGCCCGCUUCCCCAUCAUCGCCAGCUGCACGCUCUUGGGGCUCUACCUCUUUUUCAAAAUAUUCUCCCAGGAGUACAUCAACCUCUUGCUGUCCAUGUAUUUCUUCGUGCUGGGAAUCCUGGCCCUGUCCCACACCAUCAGCCCCUUCAUGAGUAAGUUUUUUCCAGCCAACUUCCCAAAUCGACAGUACCAGCUGCUCUUCACACAGGGCUCCGGGGAGAACAAGGAAGAGAUCAUCAAUUAUGAGUUUGACACCAAGGACCUCGUGUGCCUGGGCCUGAGCAGCAUCGUUGGCGUCUGGUACCUGCUGAGGAAGCACUGGAUUGCCAACAACCUCUUUGGCCUGGCCUUCUCCCUUAACGGGGUAGAGCUUCUGCACCUGAACAACGUCAGCACCGGCUGCAUCCUGCUGGGUGGCCUCUUCAUCUACGAUGUCUUCUGGGUAUUUGGCACCAAUGUGAUGGUGACAGUGGCCAGGUCCUUUGAGGCACCAAUAAAAUUGGUGUUUCCCCAGGACCUGCUGGAGAAGGGCCUCGAGGCAGACAACUUUGCCAUGCUGGGACUCGGCGAUAUCGUCAUUCCAGGAAUCUUCAUUGCCUUGCUGCUGCGUUUUGACAUCAGCUUGAAGAAGAACACCCACACCUACUUCUACACCAGCUUCGCAGCCUACAUCUUCGGCCUGGGCCUUACCAUCUUCAUCAUGCACAUCUUUAAGCACGCCCAGCCUGCCCUCCUGUACCUGGUCCCUGCCUGCAUUGGCUUUCCCGUCCUGGUGGCACUGGCCAAGGGAGAAGUGACAGAGAUGUUCAGUUACGAGGAGUCAGAUCCUAAGGAUCCAGCAGCCGUGACAGAAUCCAAAGAGGGAACAGAGGCCUCAGCAUCAGAGGGCCUGGAGAAGAAGGAGAAAUGAUGUGGCUGGUGCCUGACCCUCCGAGGGCUGGACCAGGCAGGCGGGGAUGGACCAGCACAGGCUUGCACAGGCAGAGGGUGCCAGAGACCUGGCAACUCCAGGGAGGGGCGGGGGCAGCAGGAACCUGCAGUGAUGCCUCUGGGCCUGGUUCCCUCUCCCCCUUCCCUGGCCUUCCUCUGCCCCUCCCCAUCACCUGCAGGCAAAGGAAGCCCCCAACUUCCCCCACUGCCCCAAGUGCCAGGUGGGAAAAAUGGGUCUGGUUUUUAGAUUUUUGUAUUGUGGACUGACUGCCUCACAUUAAAAAUUCAUCCCCUUGCCCAGGCAAA